CCUGCAUUCAUGCAAUAUUUUUUUCAGGUUUUGCUUUUGUUUUUGUUUUAGAGAAAAUGUUUGCAGCCUAUUUUGAUUGCCCAGGAGGCCCAGAAAAUCUUUGCAUGAAAGAAGUGAUGAAACCAGACCCAGGAGAAGGAGAAGUUCUUGUGAAGGUCUCUGCCAGUGCUCUGAAUAGGGCGGAUUUACUCCAGAGGAGAGGGAAGUACCCUCCCCCCAAAGGAGCAAGUGAUAUUUUAGGGCUGGAAGCAGCGGGGAGCGUGGCCGGGCUGGGUCCCGGCUGCUCGGGCCGCUGGAAGAUCGGCGAUGCAGUGAUGGCUCUGCUCUCCGGGGGAGGCCAGGCACAAUUCGUGACAGUGCCCGAAGGCCUCCUGAUGCCAAUUCCCAAAGAUAUGACCUCUAUUCAGGCUGCAGCCAUUCCUGAAGCCUGGCUAACAGCAUUUCAGCUGCUCCAUUUUGUAGGUAAAGUACAGGAGGGUGAGAGAGUGUUGAUCCACGCUGGAGCCAGCGGGGUUGGCAUGGCAGCCAUUCAGCUGGUGAGACUGGCAAAGGCUAUUCCCAUUGUGACAGCAGGAACUCAGAAGAAACUGGAAGCAACAGCAAAUGUUGGAGCAGCUGCAGGGUUCAACUACAAGAAUGAAGACUUCAGUGAAAAGGUCUUGGAGUUCACCCAAGGCUCUGGAGUAGAUAUUAUUUUGGAUUGUGUUGGUGCCUCAUACUGGGAGAAGAAUCUCAACUGUCUGAGCACUGAUGGCCGGUGGAUUAUUUAUGGACUGCUGAGUGGAGGUGAAGUCCAUGGGGAUUUGCUGGCAAGGCUGCUUUCCAAAAGAGCCAGCAUCCACACGAGCCUGUUACGGUCCCGAGACAAGGAGUACAAGGAGCGGCUGGUGAGAGCCUUCACUGAGGAGGUGCUGCCGCAUUUCUCCGCAGGGGCUUCCCCGCGUCUCCAGCCCCUCGUGGACAGCGUUUACCCCCUGCACGCCAUCGCUGAGGCACACAGGGCUAUGGAGGAAAAUAAGAACAUCGGCAAAAUCGUCAUCGAAAUUCCCGUCUGCACCAAGAAAGGGCCGCUGCAGUAGCUGCUGUGGGACAGUCACUGCGGGGGCUGCACUGCGGCCAUCCUGCAGCUUCUGCUCCACACCGGGACCGAUCCGUGUGGGUGGCGAUGAGGGGGAAAGGAUAAGGAGGAAGCGCUUAUUAAAGAGGCUCCUGCGGCAAUCCCGGCACCGCGCAUCGAUCGUGUGGGAGCGCGGCUGCG